AUCUUGGUCAGACUGGUUUCAAACUCCUGACCUCAAGUGAUCUGCCCUUCUCAGCCUCCCAAAGUGUUGGGAUUACAGGCAUGAGCCACCGCGCCUGGCCCUCACAUCAAUUAUUGUUGGUUUAUAUCCACUGGGCUUUUUGGACCUCCCCACUAGAGUGUCUGACUCCAUGUGAAUAUGGAACUGGCACCUGGAAGAGCACAUGGUGUUUAAAAAGUGUUGCUUCUCCUGUACCAUCCUCACCAUCCUUGGUGAGGGUGAUAUGGGGCGGGGUUGCUGAACUAGGAGGGUCCCGUGUGGGGUGGUGGGGUCAGAGGUGGGGGAAUAAACUGGACAGAUUGUGGCACCCAAGGGCAGAAGGAAGCUUUAGUGUCUGAAGGAAUUUGGAGGAAAUGCAGAUUCCUGGGCCCACCCCCAGGGUUUCUGCUCAUGUAUGGUUGGGACCCGACCUAGGAAGCUGCAUUUUCAGAAGCACUUGUGGUAAGGAUUAUGUUCCCUGGCCAUCACUGUGGGAAACACUGUUAGCUGGUGCGGAGUUUGCUGGGGCCACUGUGGUGAUUGAGACACCUCCUGGCCCAGCCUGGGAGUCAGGGAGGGCUUCCUGCAGUGCAGGAGAGGGGACUGGAGCUGAGACCUGGAGGAGGACAGGGAAUGAGCUGAGGGGAGAAAACCUUGGCUGUAUCCCCAGUGCCUAGAACCCCAUUUCCUGGCAUCUCCCAUUAAAUUCACAAGCAGUCCCUGAAGAUACAAGAUGGAUUAAAAUGGCUCUGCCCCUCACGGGCUCCUGGUCUGUCACAUAAUCAACAGAUCACACAGAUGGUAACAGGGAGUGCCAGACACUGUUUGAAGCACCUUAUAUACAUUAGUUUAAUUCCACAGCAACCCUGUAAGGUAGGAGCGCUUAUUAUCCCACUUUACUGAUGGGGGAAGACCCAGAGAGGGCAAGUGCUUUGCCCAAGGACACACGAAGGAUAAAGGCAGCUGGAAUCUGAACGCAGAAGUACCCAGUGUGCAGCAUGUGCUAUGCUUAAGGUGUGAGGCCGCAUUUGGGUUAGUUCUGGGAGGAAACAGGAGGUGGUCAGGGAAGGGCAGCUGGGUAAGGGGAAGGAGGACGAAUGUUUCUGUCCUUCUUUGUGGGAUCCUAGACAAGCCUCAGUUUUAUCCUCUGUAUAAUGGGGAUGGUCAUAAUACCCAGCAGAGAGCAGAAUUUAGGGUGAGUCAUUCAUUGGGUUAGUAAGUGUGCAUGGUUCUUAUCUAAGGCAAAACGCCUUUGAGAGACAGAGGGAGAGGGAGUCUGGAUGCCCCAGGGGGAACUGGGGUGCCGCAGUGCACUCUGUAGAGAUUUCAUUGCUUGGUUCCCCAGAGGGCUUUUCUGUCUCUACAUUCCAUGAGGACAAUGUGGAAGGCUUUGGUCUGUAUUCUGGGGCAGUGAAGGGGGAGUUCUAUCCAGCCUCAAUUCACCCAUGUGGUGGGGAGGUGAGGUCAGAAUGGGAUCGGGAAGGGGGUCAUCAAGGCCAGGCCACGUGUGUGAAUGUGGGGCCGAGGUCUGCUGCAGGGGAGAGCCCAGCUAGGGUAUGGCUGGGCUGGAAUAUGUGUUGGUGGUGGUGGGGAGCUGCAGAGUGUGGGGAAACAGCCAUCAGGUGGGGGCUGCCAAGGGCAGUGAUUUGCCCAUGUCUGGUAUGGGAGGUAGUGAUGUAAAUUUGUCUUUGGUGAGCGCAGCGUGGAGAGUUUUCAGCUCCGGCCCCGGGGUAAGAGCUGUGAAAUCUGUGAGCUAUCCGGGGAGAGCCAUUUGGAAGGUGGAGCCAGGGGUGGUGAUGUAACACUGGAGAGGAAAGGGGUCAUCCUAGUGAAUGAUGAGAGGGAGAGAACUGGGGGCUGAAACACUCAGUUGAAGUGUGCCGGCGCCGUGAUGUCAUGAGGCCCGAGAACUGGGUCAGGUGUGUGGGCCAGGAUGGGGCCUGGGGGGCAGCCGCACAGUGCUCGCAGGGAUGGGGUGGUGACGUCAUGGGUUGGUGAGGGCGGGGCCUCGAAGGCACCGCUGGGAUGCGUGAGGUCAGGAAGGAGGCAGAGGCUGAGAAGAGGAGCUAGCUGGGAGAGGCUCAGGACUGGAAUGAAAUCAGCCACCAGGAUGAGCCACUGGUCAUUCCGAAGCAAGGAUGGAGGAUGCAGCAACCUUGACCAUGGACCAGCCGGCCGGCCUGCAGGUGGACUACGUCUUCCGGGGUGUGGAGCAUGCCGUGCGGGUGAUGGUUUCUGGGCAGGUGCUGGAGCUGGAGGUGGAGGACCGGAUGACGGCUGACCAGUGGCGGGGCGAGUUCGAUGCUGGCUUCAUUGAAGAUUUGACUCACAAGACAGGGAACUUCAAACAAUUCAACAUCUUCUGUCAUAUGCUGGAGUCAGCCCUCACUCAGAGUAGUGAGUCAGUCACUCUGGACCUGCUGACCUACACAGACCUGGAGUCCCUGCGGAACCGCAAGAUGGGGGGCCGCCCAGGCUCCUUGGCCCCCAGAUCGGCCCAGCUCAACUCCAAGCGCUACCUGAUCCUCAUCUACUCUGUGGAGUUUGACAGGAUUCACUACCCGCUGCCCCUCCCGUACCAGGGCAAGCCAGACCCCGUGGUUCUGCAGGGCAUCAUCCGGUCACUGAAGGAGGAACUGGGCCGCCUGCAAGGGCUGGACGGCCAGAACACUCGGGACACCCGGGAGAGUGAGAUCUGGCGCCUGCGGGAGCAGGUGUCGCGCCUGGCGUCUGAGAAGCGGGAGCUGGAGGUGCAGCUGGGCCGAUCGCGCGAGGAGGCGCUGGCCGGGCGCGCGGCGCGCCAGGAGGCCGAGGCGCUGCGCGGGCUGGUGCGCGGGUUGGAGCUGGAGCUGCGGCAGGAGCGUGGGCUCGGGCACAGGGUGGCCGGCCGUCGCGGCCAGGAUUGUCGCCGUCUGGCCAAGGAGCUCGAGGAGGCGAAGGCAUCGGAGCGGAGCCUGCGCGCCCGGCUGAAGACGCUGACCAGCGAGCUGGCAUUGUACAAGAGGGGGAGGCGGACUCCGCCGGUGCAGCCGUCCCCGGCGCGGGAGGACCGGGCCUCAUCGUCCCGGGAGCGCUCCACGUCGCGAGGCCGCGGCGCCGCGCGCUCCUCAUCCCGGGAGAGCGGCCGCGGAAGCCGGGGUCGGGGCCGCCCUGCGCGCCCCUCGCCCUCGCCCACAGGUGGUCGCGCGCUCCGCUUCGACCCCACGGCCUUUGUGAAAGCCAAGGAAAGGAAGCAGAGAGAGAUCAAGAUGAAGUCAGUGCCCCUUUCUCCCUCACCUGCCCCUGUCCCUGGCCCUUGCCCGCUCCCGGGCGCUCAUCUCUCCACGCCACCAUCAGUCCCCAUCUCCUUCCACCUGCUCGCUUCUCGCCGGAUACCCCGCCUGCUUUGCCGGCUCCGCCUGCUGUGCCUUCCGUCCGUCCCACCUCCUCGUCUGUGUUUCUGCAUGCUUUCCGCGCCUAGGCUCGUCACCUUGGGCGGUUGCCGGCGUGGCUGUGACCUUUUGGGGCGCAGCGACACCCUUGCCCGCAGGAGUUGGGCGUACAGGCCAGUGUCUCCUUUCUUUUUUCCCAGGCAGCAGCAGCGGAACCGAUUAGGCAGUGGGGGAAGCGGGGACGGUCCGUCCGUCUCCUGGUCUCGCCAGACACGGGCCCCUGCUGUCGUGACUGGCCGAGGGGACGCCCCUAACCGCUCCCGAAACCGCAGCUCCUCAGGGAAAUUGGGUGAUGGAGCCUGGGGGCCGCCACAAAGGUCGGGGAGGUGGGAAUACUGGAGCCUCCGCACCACUGGUUCUUGGUUACUCCUUUUUCUCAGGGGUCACCGCCGCCGUGGGAAGCCUCCCGGCCCAACGCCCUGGAGUGGGUCCAAUACGAAGUCCACCCCCGUGGAACGCAGCCACCAGAAAUCUCUGACCAACUCUGGGGGCUGGGUGCCCAUCAAAGAGUACAGCUCGGACCACCAGGCGGCUGACAUGGCCGAAAUAGACGCACGCCUGAAGGCCUUGCAGGAGUACAUGAACCGACUGGAUAUGCGGUCAUGAUGUGGAGAAGGGGUACUGCCCCUCCAUUCCCCACCCACUUGCUGGGUAUGGCGUGGGGGGUGGGGCCAGGGUAGCCUCCAGCCCUGCCCAGGCCCUGCCCUGGCCCCACCCUGGCCCCACCCCUCCUGCUGUCUCUGUGGUCUCAGGUGUGUGAGGCUCUGACCCUGCCCUCUCCCCAGGCAGUGCAUGCUGGGAAGGAGGAUGUGUGCAUUUUGUAAAUAAACAUAUUUGCCCUGGGGGCCCCUCA